UUCAUUUUCAUUUUCAUUUUCAAUUCUCACAACACUCUCACUUUCUCUUCUGCUUUUUCUCCGAACCUUCCUUUCUUCUUCUUCUUCUUCUUCUUCUUCUUCUUCGUUUGGGGAAAAAUUCUAUCUAUGUGGCUGCUCUUCUUUUCUUCUUCUUUCCGAUGGUGAUGAUUACUGCUUGGAUCACUGACCUAUUUGCUUGCAUGGGUGGUUGUUUUGGAUGCUGUAUAAAGCCCACACCAAUUAUAGCUGUGGAUGAACCAGCAAAGGGUUUAAGAAUUCAGGGACAGACUGUAAGAAAACCAACCAUAACUGAUGGUUUCUGGAGCUCAAGCACAUGUGAUUUGGAUAACAGCACUAUUCAAUCUCAAAGAAGUAUCUCCUCUGUCAGUACAUUAAAUCAAAUUCUUUUUCAAACCAGUGGAACCUCUACCUCAGGCACCAAUCCUGAAUUCGUAAACCAAGGUGUUCUCCUCUGGAAUGAAAGCAGGCUUCAGUGGAUUGGAAGUGGCAGAUCUAAGAAGCAAAGCCAACAAGAUCGUGAACCCAGAUUAAAUUGGAAUGCGACUUAUGAAAGUUUACUUGGGACCAGACAACCUUUCCCCAAGCGCAUACCUCUGUCUGAAAUGGUCAAAUUCCUAGUGGAUGUUUGGGAGCAUGAAGGGAUGUAUGAUUGAGAGGUCAAAGUACUGAAGCUGCCCUUUUUCCAAUAGUGUUUUUAAUGCUUAUGAUGAUGUGUUUAACUCAUGAAAGGCUUUAGUGUAUAGUUGAGUUGUGCAGACAAGAAUUAAGAUCAAACACAAGUCUGAUCUUCUGUUGUGAUUUGAAAAGCUAUGCCAACGAAAGUGUUUUGUUUUUGCUCCUCCUGUAAAUGACUUGUCAUUUUCAAACUAAAAUCUAAAGUGAUUAAUGCA